CUUCCAAAUAACCGCCGCGACCUCUGCCUUGGCACGGCCGAGCGUCGUCUUCACCGACUGCGACGGCACGAUGCUGAGCCCGGCGCACUCUCUUUCUCCCCGCUCGCGAUCCGUCUUGCGUGAACUGGACCGCCUCGGCGUGCGGGUCGUCCCCGCGACAGGCCGCGCUCGCGCUGGGAGCUGGACGGAGGACGUGCUGACCGAGCCCGCGCUUCGCGGCGGCUCGCCGGGCGUCUUUUGCAACGGCUGCAUCGCCUAUGACACGGACGGCAGUGCGCUACCUCCUGCAACCUUGCCGCGGGAGCUGCCGUCUGCUCUCCUGCGCACCUUGGCGGCGCCGGGCGCGAUCUCCUGCUGUCCGAUUGCGUACGUCGGCGACGAGGCGCUCCACGACAGCGGCUCCGCGGCGCUGCUCUCCCAACUCGCCGAGGUUGGCGACUCGCCCCUCCGCUGCGUGGCGGACCUCUCCGCGGCUUGCGAGGCGGCGGCGGUCACCAAGAUCCUGCUCCUGCACGCCUCCGGCUCGGACUCGGACGCGCUGCGCGCCUCGGUCUCUGCCACCGUCUGCAACGGGGGCGGCGCGCUCACUCAGGCGCUCGAUUGGAUGCUCGAGGUGAUCCCGGCGGACGCGGACAAGGGGACCGCCGCGACCGCGCUACUUGCCCGAUGGGGGCUGGGGUGGGAGGACGUGCUGGCCAUUGGCGACGGCGAGAACGACCUCCCUCUGCUGGCGCGGGCGGGGACGAGCGUGGCGAUGGGGAACGGUGGCGAGGCCGUGCGGCGCGCAGCGCAGCACGUGGUCGGCAGCAACGCUCAGGAUGGUUGGGCCGAGGCCAUGGAGCGGUUCGUGAUAAGCGUCUCAGAGUAGAAAGUAGUAACGAGGUCUUGAGUAACUCUGAGCCGUUACUAUCGAUGCUAGAGUACUCUAUCUCUGAGUUUAUCAUAGUAAGCAGUAACGAGAUCUUGAGUA